CUGUCGAACCAAAAGUACUUAGAAAAUGACACAAUCAAACGUCUAGUGGUUUUGUUGUUUUAUUUGGCAAUUCUAAAAUUAAUUAAAACCAAUUAAGCGUCUAUUUUAACACAUAUAUGACUAACCCUAAUUUAGAUACAGCAUUCCUUCGAAUUAAGACGGCAAAAUGCUGUAAGAACGCACGCCCUAAUCACUCACCAAUAGGUUACUAACCCUGCUUUGUAACUUUUUUUAGUUUUGUGUUUUUACAUUUAUUUUCAUCCUUUAAACGGCUGUUGUUCGUUAUCGUGAUUGUAUUUUCCGCGAAACGGUCGUGAAAAGUGUAGUUCACCAGUCAAGUUCAACUAUCUUUGUUCAUCAGCAGAAAGUAGCCCAACAUUCAGAAUGACUGAAUACAAACUGGUUGUUGUGGGGUCUGGAGGUGUAGGCAAGUCUGCCCUCACUAUUCAGUUAAUACAGAAUCACUUUGUGGACGAAUACGACCCCACGAUUGAAGACUCGUAUAGGAAACAAGUAGUGAUCGAUGGGGAAACUUGUUUAUUGGACAUAUUGGACACUGCUGGUCAAGAAGAGUACAGCGCAAUGAGAGACCAGUACAUGAGAACAGGCGAGGGUUUUUUGUUAGUUUUCGCUGUAAAUACUGUGAAGAGUUUCGAUGACAUAGUGGUGUAUCGAGAACAGAUCCUUAGGGUGAAAGACACGGAGGAUGUUCCCAUGGUCCUGGUAGGAAACAAGUGCGAUUUGCCGUCUUGGGUAGUCGAUAUGAACCGGGCGCGAGAGAUUGCGAAACAGUACAAUAUUCCGUUCAUCGAGACCUCAGCGAAAACUCGGAUGGGCGUAGAUGAUGCCUUUUACUCUCUAGUGCGGGAGAUACGAAAGGACAAAUUUCACAAAGGAAAAAAGUCGAACAAGUUCCAGGGGCCGGGCCGAGGAUUCCCUUUCAAGCUGCGCUGCAAUAUACUUUAGGUACGGUCGGUUUCUUAGUCAUUUCAAAUCUUGAACAGGCGAAGUUUUCAAACAAUUUCUCCUGCCCAGUUAUUCCAAUCAGGUGUGUUUUGCCAGAAUCAAAUUCGGCGCAUUUAGAGCCGAGGAAUUGUUCGAAAACUCGCCAUUAACAGUGUAUGUACUUUGAAAAUUGAAAAAACAGAUGUACAAAUCGCAAUUUUUAUAUUAGGUCGAUUGUAAUGGCAUAGAUCUUAAAUCAAUCAAUCAUCAGGCGAAUUGAUAUACUUAUAGAUUUUUUGUUUUUGGACUAACAUUGAAGCGCAGCACCAAAAAGGCAUUUUUAUUGUGAACAUUCUCUAUGCCAAUUCACAUAUGGGCUUGAAAACUAAAUCGUGACAAAAAGACUAUUGAACAUACAUGCAUGUAAAUUUUGACGCGUGUUCUACUAACAUAGGCUAGUGUGACUAUAAAUGAAUUCUGACGGAAAAUUAGUUUCUAAACAAACGUUAGCUCUACAUGGUGUACUAAAAAGAUUGUUAUAUUUUUCACCACUUAGAGAUUCUAAUUGAACAGGAUUUUUGCCGAAAUUUGAAUUUGUUUUCUCAAACUUUCAACAACAAACAAGAAAUAGAGCUUUAUUAUUGAAUCAUUGUAAAAGAAGUAAAUAUUAAUAAUUGGCGGUCCAAAUUAUUAAUACUUAUUGCAGCAAACGCCGUGUAUAAUGUGGCUGCUGUUUGCUAAUGUUACACCCCAUCUUUGUUCAAUUUCGAGCUGUUUUAAGGGUAAAACUGCAAGUAAUUUUUGUGAAAUCGUCGAUCUUAAAUGUCGUUAUUUUUAGAACAAGCCUUAAAUUUCAACCUCAACUAUUUUUGUACCAUUGCCAUACCAAGAGCCUACAGUCUCUUCGUAGUAAUUAGGUUUGCUCUCACGUAAUAUCAACAAUUAGGCGUAUUGUAAAAACAUGUAUAUCCACGCGUUUCGUUCAUCUCAGUUGGUUGACGCCGAUUUGCUAGUAAUUCAUUUCCUUAUUGAGAUUUUUCUUUUUAUUGUCCGUGAUGUACUAAUAAUAAUAAAAAAUAAUCAUAUUUUGCCUUUCCUAUCAAGUUAUAGCAAUUAUAGAUAUUAGGUAACAUUUACUCUAAUCUAUUAAUAAAAUCUCGUUAAAACUC